AUGCUCGUCACCGGCAUCAUCCUGAUCCCGACCGCCAUCGCCACACCCGCCGCGGUGCAGGACCUUACCGAUAUGCGCAGUGUCGUCGAUGCAGCAGCAAGUGCUAUCGGAAAUCCGAAUAACCCCAAUCGAGGCUUUGGCUUCAACCUCUUCGGCGGCAGCGGUCAGAUGGGUACUGCCGACCUCGUCAACAACAUCACCAACACUAUCCUCCGAGCAAAGUACCAACUAGACACGAACAGGACAUCAUGGCUCCAGCCCAGCAACUCGACCCUCAACGGCACCUUACCCACCUCCAGUGUGCCCACACUCGCAACCCCCACGCUCCCCCUAACAGCCAGCCUCGCCCUGCCAACCAGCAUCCCCACCACAACACCUACCCUCGAUAACCUCACCAUCGACCUCACACCCCCCUAUAUGGCCUACGUCCAAUCCAUGCCCGACCUAGCCAACAGUUUGACAACCCUCGGCCGCGCCUACCACCGCGAGAUGAACAGUCCUGUAAACGAAGCCAUCGCCGGUCUCGAACAAGGUCUCACAACCUUCCAGACCGCACUGCUCGAAAGCGAGCUCAUCAGCGCCCAGGCUGUCAUACGCACCAUACGGGCGAGCAGUAGCUUGGAGAGUGCGGCGACGGCGGUCUGCAGCUUCGUCAUCCCCUUCAUUGCCAGGCGCGGGAAGGCCGAGUGUGUUGGGCAGAGCGGAGGCGAAGAGGCCGCCGCCUGGGAACGGGAGGUUCUAUAG